ACUGUCAACGGCAAAAGUCACUCAGGCGGGUGCUGGGUUGUUUUGCUAAAGCACCAUCCUCGCUAGCAGCCUCGGUCGACCAGAAAUUAAUUCACGCGUUUUUCGAUUGUCUUGGUCUUCAAUGACACCGUAUCGCAUCACGUAGGUCAUACAUCGUAGGAAGUCCGACUGAGCUAUCUUGUCGUUGCAGUAUAGUUUCCCUAGCGAUCCCUCAGCAUGACUUCUCGUCGGCCGGACAGCUUUGAGGGUUUAGGUUACAGGGGCAGAGAGGAUCCGUCAUUCAGCGGGGGUUAUUCGGGCAGGUCAUUCAAUAAUUCAUCCAGCUCUGACCUCCAACACUGGGUCACCACACCUCCAGAUAUACCUGGCAGCAGAAACCUACAUUUUGGCGAUCGCACGCCCCAGUUUGAGACGGCACCUGCCCCACCUGGAGCAGCGGACGAAGCCCAACCAGCGGCUCCACCGUCGGAACAGCUGAACAGAUUUGCUGGGUUUGGAAUAGGUCUUGCAAGCCUCUUCACAGAAAAUGUCCUGGCACAUCCCUGCAUCGUGUUUCGACGUCAGUGUCAGGUGAAUUACCAUGCCAGGUGUUAUCACUUGUCCCCACUGACUGCUAUCAGCGUGAUGUACAAUGUCACCAAAACUCAGGGUCCAAAGGCUUUAUGGAAAGGAAUGGGCAGCACUUUUGUGGUUCAGGGGGUCACUCUGGGAACAGAGGGAAUCAUUAGUGAAUGCACACCUUUACCCAGGGAGUUAUCGCACAAGUGGAACCCUAAACAAGUUGUGGGACACUUGGUACUAAAAGGUUUGACAUAUGUGGUUGCAAUGCCGUUUUACUCAGCAAGUCUCAUAGAGACCGUACAGAGUGAAAUAAUCCGAGACAACCCCGGCAUCCUGGACUGUGUGAAAGAAGGCAUCGGCCGUGUGAUGGGAAUGGGAGUGCCUCACAGCAAGCGUCUCCUGCCCCUCUGGAACCUGGUGUUCCCCACGGUUCUCCACGGCAUCCUCCACUACGUCAUCAGUUCCAGCGUGCAGCGGCUGGUUCUUUACCUGCUGCGGCGUCGGAAUAACGGCUCGCCCAAGCACUCGUCCCCUGACUCUCAAGCGGACGCCGUCCAGUCGAUGCUGGACGCGUACUUCCCUGAGCUCAUGGCCAGCUUCGCCGCCAGCCUGUGCGCAGACGUGCUGCUGUUUCCUUUGGAAACGGUGUUGCACAGGCUGCACAUCCAGGGAACGCGCACCAUCAUCGACAACACUGACCUGGGUUUCGAGGUGUUGCCCAUCAACACGCAGUAUGAAGGUAUGAGGGACUGCAUUAAUGCUAUUCGGCGGGAGGAGGGCACCAUGGGCUUCUACAAAGGCUUCGGCUCCAUCGUGGUGCAGUACUCGCUUCACGCCACGGUUCUGCAGAUCACCAAGAUGAUCUACUCGACGCUGCUGCGAAACGCUUAAAUAGAACACAUAGAUUCACCGAAAGGUCCUUUUUUUGGGUUGAGUUGGACAUUCCAAAAAAUGCGUCCUAAUAUGAAUUGAUAAUCGCAGACAUUUUGAGGUUCUCUUUACCUCUUCUUCCCGUGAUCUGUCAGUCUACUUGUUUCAUGAAGCACUGGUUGUCUUGGUAAUUGCACGAUACGUUUAUGCAAAAUCAUCGGUAUGUUUCACAUCAGCACUGGAUUUAAAUUAUUCUUACGGUGACCCCCGAACUGUCCAUCGGAGCCAAAACAUGUGUAAUAUUUCUGAAACGAGGACCUUUGUAAUUAUACUCCCAUGCUGUUUUCUCCAUUUCGUCAACGGCCACUAAGUUUCAUAAUGUGAUUGUUUAUUUUGGCAACAUUGUGCCAAGUUCUUAAAGAGAUUAUGUCAUUAAAUUAUUAUUUGCACCUUAGUGAAACUUGUGCAAGUGUUUCAAACAGUGAAAAUGUUUCUUUGUGUCAGGUUUAACGCGAUAUAAGAGAUUUAAAAAAUUCAGUUCAUUGGAAGCCACUUACAUAAGAAUGCAUGUGUAGAACUAAUCUGGUUCCUGGGUGAAUAGUUCUAAUUUAUUGGGCACUAUGAUUAAAAUAAAUGUCUAAAAUCUGA